CUCAAUCAUUCCAAUCUCACAUUCGCUUGGCAGACUUCAGAGUCGUUACACUUUACAGGUCUCAUACUCUACUGCAAGCUCCCCCUCCGUAGGCUCGGCUUCUCUCGCUCGUUUCGUCCUUUCGACAUGUCCCGCUUCGUCAGAGCCUCAAAGUAUCGUCAUGUCUACGGAGAGAAAGCAAAACUUUCCUACGAGAACGUCAAAGUAUCUGGUAAUGCAUGGGACACCGACCUAGUGACGGCUGGCGGCAAGUAUCUCGCCAUCAACUGGCAGGUCUCAGGAGGAGGCGCUUUCGGGAUCUUACCCGUGUUCUCGCCAUUCACACCACCUUUUCCGGUAGGAUUCUCGGUCAGGGUACCAGAUAUCCUACCUUUAGCUCGCGGUCACACGGCUCCAGUGCUUGAUACCGCAUGGUCUCCAUUCGAUGACAAUGUGGUCGUUUCCGGCGGGGAAGACGGUAAAAUCUGCGUAUACAAGAUCGGCGAUGAGCUCUUUGAGGAAUGGGGAGAAGAUCAUUGGCGACCCGAAGAUGUUUUUCCGUUGGCUAGGCUAAGUGCUGGUGGACGCAAAGUCGGACAAGUAGUCUUUCACCCCACCUCUUCGAAUGUGUUGGCCUCUGCUUCGGGCGACCACAUCAUUCGUGUAUGGGACAUCUCCAAAACCGACGCACAAGCUCCUAUACAACUCUCGGGACAUGGAGACACCAUACAGAGCUUGGCAUGGAAUCCCACCGGUACGACAAUGGCGACGACUUGCAGAGACAAAAAGCUGCGAUUAUUUGAUCCCCGAGCAGGCAAAGAGGCUGUCCGGGUGACAGAUGGCCACUCUGGCCUGAAAGGCACUCGUGUUGUCUGGCUGGGUGACAGGGACAGGAUCGCAACGACCGGGUUCAGCAAAAUGUCCGAUAGACAAAUGGGUCUCUGGGAUACGGCAGGUAUACGCAAUAUUGAAAUGACUUCAUUGGACUCGAGCGCAGGUGUGCUCAUGCCUUUCUUUGCGGAAGGCAACGACAUUUUAUUCCUCGCUGGAAAAGGCGACGGCAAUAUCCGAUAUUAUGAGUACGAAAAUGACACGCUCCAUUUCUUGAGUGAAUACAAAUCGACCGACCCUCAACGUGGGAUGUGUCUUUUGCCGCGCCGAGCACUUGAGGUGAAUCAUAAUGAGAUCGCCCGAUCUUUCAAAUUGGUUGGGGAGAAAAUCGAACCAAUCAGUUGGAUCGUCCCUCGUAAAGCCGAAAAUUUUCAAUCGGAUAUCUUUCCUCCCGCUCCUUCUGCCGAACCCGCCCAGACAUCCGCCGAAUACUUCGCAGGGAAGAACGCCAGAGCCAAGUAUAUCGAUCUCGAAACCAGGACGAUUUCCACAUCUUCGGAAGCCUUAUCUUCACCACUUGGCAAGCCUGAAAAAUCCCAAACGGCUCCUGCGUCAUUCUCCACCCCUACCCUCAAAGCCGAGCCCGUGAAGGAAAUAAAAUCUUCUCAAACGUCUCCUGUUUCAUUGUCCAUUCCUGCCGAGCCGAACACGAGAGCGAAAGAUCUCGAAAUCGUCCAAGCUGACGAACCUGAUAGUGACGAUGAUGUACCACCUUCGGCGAAACAUGUAUCACCAGUAGCCUCCACACCCAUAUCAGCCGAAGAAGCUGUGGUGAAUGUCAUUCCUCCACCUCCGGAGGAUACCGUGGUUCCGCCUAGGGACACAUUACUAGUCAAGAAAUUGUCAGACAGAGCCACCGUCCCAACCAGAGGAUCUGCGCUAGCAGCAGGUUACGAUUUAUACUCCGCGGAAGAAAAAGUCAUUCCUGCCAGAGGCAAAGUUUUGGUGGAUUUGCAGUUGUCUAUCGCGGUUCCAGAGGGUACUUAUGGUCGGGUUGCUCCACGAAGUGGAAUAGCUUCAAAAUAUUCCAUCGAUACAGGUGCAGGAGUGAUAGACGCCGAUUACAGAGGACCGGUGAUGGUGUUAUUGUUCAAUUAUUCCAAUGAAGAUUUCGUUAUCAAACAAGGAGAUCGUAUAGCUCAACUUAUACUGGAACGUAUAUGUCUCGCACCUAUUGUGGAAGUGACAGACUUAGAUGUGACAUCUCGAGGUGUUGGGGGAUUCGGGUCGACAGGCGGGUUUGGUAAAUGAUCAAGUCAAAUGGGGCUAUCUUACGAAAAAAAAAAAGCGUCAAAAAGGAAAGAUGCAAAUGCUUGUUCAUUCAUUCAUGAUUUC